AUGUAUAAUGGUAGAACAGACCUGAUGGAACAUGUCAGUCAUUUUAACCAAAGAAUGGUUGUACACUCGAGGAAUGAGGCCUUGCUGUGCAAGGUGUUCCCAUCUAGCUUUGGGCCAGUCGCGAUGAGAUGGUUCAAUGGUUUGGAGGAGGGAUCAAUCGAUUCCUUUCAAGAGCUUACUAGGACCUUUGGGGCUAAAUUUGUCACUUGUAGUAGGGUUCCUCGCCCUCUGAACUCUUUGCUAUCUAUGAUUAUGAGAGAGGGUGAAACUCUGAGAACUUACUCGGAUAGAUAUUGGAAGAUGUUUAACGAGGUAGAUGGAGAUUUUAAGGAUAUAGCCAUAAGGAUGUUUAAGGAGCUAGGGGUGUCCAAGGACCCGCAUAAAUCGACCCGCCCGCCCGAAACCGCCCGAACCGAAGGAUUGAAAGCUGACUCCCAAGUAUCAUUAUCUGCCCUCAAGUAUGAGCUUGCCAUACACCCACGGUUUCCUCAUCCCGUGUACUCUUCACUGAGAUUGAAAGCUGAUUCCAAGUAUCAUUAUCUGCCCUCAAGUUUGAAACCCAUACACCCACGGUUUUCUUCAAGGAUACUGGUCAUGGAAACCAACACUAAUGAACCCUUUGUCCAAACACCAGCUGCUACAGAAGAUGAUAUUCCCACCCAAGUUGAGGAUUCUGCUGCUACCCAACCUGCUUCCCAAGCUGAAGCAGCUGCUGCUUCUGAGUUGCCCCCAGUUCCACCAUGCCAAGUGAGUAUGACAGCUCCUGUUAGUGGUAGUUGUAGUGGUAGGAAAAAGUCUGUUGUUUGGGGUCACUUUGAAAAAGUAAAGAUAGGUGAGGGUGAUACUAGUAAGACUAAGGCUAUCUGUAAUUAUUGUCAAAAAUCUUAUAAUGCUGAUAGUAAGAGUUGUGGUACCAGUAAUUUGUUAGCUCAUGUGCCAAUAUGUCCCAAGAACCCUAAUAGAGAAGAUGUAGUUAAAGGGCAGAAAACAUUAGCUUUUUUACCCAAAAAGGAUGGAGAAGACGGAUUCCACCUUGUGCCAACAUCCUUUUCUGUUGAGGCUUGUAGAAAGGCAUUGGCCGAAAUGGUUAUAAUUGAUGAGUUGCCUUUUAGGUAUGUCGAGGGGUACGGGUUUAAGAAAUUUGUUAGUACCUUGCAACCUAAGCUUAGAUUAAAGGAUAUCCCAUCUCGUCAAACUGUAGCUAGGGAUGUGAUUGGCAUUUAUAAUAGUGAGAGAGAGAAGCUAAGGAAAUCCUUGAAGGGUUGUAGGGUGUGUCUCACUACGGACACAUGGACUUCUAUUCAAAAUUUAAAUUAUAUGUGUCUGACUUGUCACUUUAUUGAUGAUGCUUGGAAAUUGCAUAAGAGAAUUCUAAAUUUUUGUCAAGUUGAAGACCACAAGGGGGAGACUAUAGGUAGAAAGAUUGAGAUGUCGUUGCGUGAGUGGGGUAUUGAUGGGAUAUUUACCUUGACAGUAGAUAAUGCUAGCUCAAAUUUAACAACAAUUAAAUUUUUGCAAAGGGUGACUAAAGAUUGGAAUGGGGCUGUUUUAGGAAAUGAGUACAUGCACAUGAGGUGUUGUGCCCAUAUCCUAAAUCUCAUUGUGGGGGAGGGUUUAAAAGAGAUAGAUGCAUCUGUUGCUAAGGUGCGUGAAGCUGUGAGGUAUGUGAAGUCCUCACCCAAUAGAAGUCAAACUUUUAAGAGUUUUAUGGAGAGGUUAGGUAUGGAGUCCAAGAGUCUUCUCAGUCUAGAUGUACCUACUAGGUGGAACUCGACCUAUAUCAUGUUAGAAACUGCUGAAAAAUUUGAGAAAGUGUUUCUCCGAAUGGAUUUUGAAGAUGAUGGUUAUUCGUCGUACUUUAGGACCAAGGAAGAUAGUGGUGGUUUGGGGUCUCCAUGUAUGAUUGAUUUCCAAAAUUGUAGAGUGUUUGUGACUUUCUUAAGGCUGUUUUAUAAUGCAACAAAGAAAUUUUCUGGUUCAUUGUAUGUUACUUCAAAUGCCUUCUAUGAUGAGAUCUUUGUUAUUCAGGAGAUUGCAGAAGUGAUGGUUGAUAAGGUGAAAGACCUUUUAUUUAAGUUGUAUAAUUUUUACACUUGUAUUCAUUCACCAAAUGUGCAAGAUCAAAGUGGGAGUGAGAGGACAGAAUUGGAAACUGAUGCUAGUGAUCCAUAUGUUAUGGUUCACUCGCGAUAUGAGCGUUUUUUGCAAGUUGAGCAAUCUGUAGGUUGUAGUAAUGAGCUUGAGAGGUAUUUGGCUGAAAACUGUGAUGGUAGAAAGGAUGCAAAUUUUGAGAUAUUGGAGUGGUGGAGGGACAAUUGUAAUAGGUACAAAGUGUUGUCUAAAGUAGUUAAGGAUGUGCUGGCUGUGCCAGUUUCCACUGUUGCAUCUGAGUCAGCAUUUAGCACUGGAGGUCGAAUUGUUGAUCCAUUUCGAAGUGCAUUAUCUCCUCUCAUGGGUCAAAGCCUUGUAUGUUCACAAAAUUGGCUUCAAGCCACAGUUCCAAUUUCUCAUCGCCAGUCAAGGGAUGAUGUUGAGGCAUUGGAGGAGGAGUUACUUGACUUAGGUAAUAUGCUUAAAUUCUGA